AUGGACUCGUUCACAACCUUGUCCUCUCAAUUUGUAAUACAGUUUGCCACAAGCCGACCCCAUCAGCUCACAUCCAUCGUGUUGGUCAAUAUUUGCCAGGAAAAGAAGGAACCUCUAAGAACCUUCAUGGAACGGUUCAGGAAGAUGACCCUAUCUAUCCGAGACCUAGACCCAGCGGUGGCAAUGCACCACCUCACCACGGCACUGAGGCCAGACCCCUUUGUAAACAACCUAUGUAAGAAGUCGUCCCGAGACUUAGACGAAUUAAGACAAAGGGCCACAAAGUACAUGCAGAUGGAGGAGUUAGCCAAAUUCAGGAACCAGAACCGACUCGAGUUGUUUCAAGAGAAGAAGGAGAAGGAAUUCAUCCCUAGAUCCCGUCCGCGGGACGCUUUCGAUCGGGAAAAGAGUACCCGAGGACCCCGAUAUGCACAAUACACACCCCUUAACUCCAGCCGAACCAAGGUGCUGAAACAAGCCCUCGCCACCGAAGUCCUCACAGUACCUCGUCGAGCCAUGAUCCCACCCCAUGCAAACAAAACAAAAACAUGUCAGUUUCAUAGAAACCGGGGGCAUACCACCGAAGAGUGCACGACCAUCCGAGACCGCAUAGAGGAUCUCGUCAAAUCGAGACAUCUUCAAAGUUUUGUCCAAUCUUUGGGAAGGAGGAAUCAUGACGGUUAUCCUAGCAGGAGAGACCACAAAAGAGAAGACUAA